AUGACCCUAGAUUUGAAGCUCGAUUUCUACCCCGCAUCAGACCCCAACCGCACAGGGGUUCUCGUGCUCCCAGGUGGCGGGUACGAGUUUAUUUCCAUGGAUAACGAAGGAACGGCUCCAGCACGAUGGCUCAAUGACCAUCGGUUAGAUGCGUGGGUACUCUCAUACACGACUGCCGGUCCAUCAAGUCCAGCACCCAUCUUCCCAGUUCCACAACGCGAGGCGCUUGAGGCAGUGCGGCAGAUUCGGGCGUCGGGGCGGGUCGACAAACUAGGAAUAUGGGGCUUCAGUGCCGGCGGGCAUCUUGCAGCUGUGACGGCGACGGAUCCCGGCGCAAGCUUGGAUUUUGCGAUCCUUGCUUAUCCGGUUAUCAGCAUGGCGGCGGGUACGACCCACGAGGGCUCACGACAUAACUUGAUCGGUGAUGGGUGUGAAGCCGGUAGUGACGCCGAGAAUGCCAUGUGCGCUGAGAAGCGCGUCGGCGCAAACACGCCACCAACGUUCCUGUUCCACACCGCAAACGACGAUGCAGUGCCAGUACAGAAUACCUUAGGGUUUGCUACAGCGAUGGCCAAGCAUGGGAGGCCAUUUGAAACCCUUAUUCUUCCAGCUGGUCCACAUGGGCUAGGGUUAGCGCUGGGUGAUGAACAAUUAGGUUGGAUGAGUGAAUUGGAGAGAUGGUUGAAGUUUUCCGUUUUAAGUGUUUAG